AUGGCUGUCGCUGAUUACAAGAAGUAUCUGGCGGAGAAUGUUCUCAAUGAGCGCCGGACGGUCACUUAUCGCUCGUUGAGUAGAGCUCUCCGGGUCCACUGCACCUUGGCCAAGCAAAUGCUAUACGACUUUCACCACAGCGAAAACACCAAGAAACCGAACAGCGUCAAUGCCACCUACCUUCUCACGGGCAUCCAGAAACCACCCACUCCCCCCACUACGAACGGUGCACAUGCCAAUGGCGACGACAACGAAGACGAUGUGAUGGCUAGCAGCCCAUACCUUCCCAGCUCCAUGCCAAACCAAGAUGCGAUCACUGAUGAUGUCGCCACCGCCUCUGUUAUCCUCGCCCGAGAGGAGGAUCUCGAAGAUGCCAAAGACACCUUUCAAUCAAUCACCUCGAUAUACGUUUACAGCUUGCAGCCUACAAUUCUCCAGGAUCUCAAUGUCUUGACCGAUGUCAGUCGGGAGAUGAUAAGCAGUCAUGCGCAUGAGGAUCCGCUAGAGUUUGGGAAACAAUGGGGCAUGAUCCAAAAUAAGCACGUGAAGCGGAGAACGGGCGCGCGGCCGCCUGUGCCUGCACCGGCACCGGCACCAGCUUCAGCUCCCUCUUCAUCCAAGCCUGUCGUGCCUUCGAAGCGAUCAAAUGAAGCAUCGCAAGAAACGAAACCCGAGCCCAAGCAGGAAGAUCCCUCAGAGUCUGCGCAACCAUCGCAACGUAGCAAUCCUCCGUCUUCCAAGCCUACGGAGAAGACAGCUCCGGUGAAGCGAGAAAAGAGCAACCUUUUCAGCUCCUUUGCGAAAGCGAAGCCUAAGCAAAAGAAAGAAGACUCGGUGACGCCCGCUGCCUCCGGAGCGGAUUCGGCCGAACCCAGUGGUCCUGAAGAUGUUGUCCUAGACGAUGCGUCGGAAGAAGAAGCCGAAGAGCUUUUCCCUGACACCGGCAAGUCCUCGUCCGCUGGCCCACGAGUAUCAAGGAAAGAGCGAGAGGCGAGGCUGAAGCAGAUGAUGGAGGAUGAAGACGAAGAAGAAGACGAGGAGAUGCCAGAUGUCCCAGAACCCGCCGAAGAAUCCAACCCCAUCGACGAAGCACCGCCCAAGCCUCCUUCUCCCAAGGAGGAAGUUACUGUUGGGGGAGGACGUCGCAGAGGAAGGCGUCAAGUCAUGCAAAAGAAGACUGUCAAGGAUGACGAAGGAUACCUUGUAACGGUCGAGGAACCCUCCUGGGAGUCAUUCUCCGAGGAUGAGCCUGCACCGCCGCCCAAGAAGAAACCUGCCGUGAGCGCUCCAAAGGGCAAGGCAGGAGGUAAAGCAGGACAGGGUAGUAUCAUGUCGUUUUUCGGCAAAAAAUAG